AUGGCCUUUUUCGCGACAUUGUGGCGAGGCACGAUACUGAUGCGUCUGGCUUUUGCGGUGUCGGGGCUUCAGGUCUGCCAGGAUUUCAAGGAUGCGACGGGCUGCCUGAACCACAAAGGCACGGUGGUAUUUUACACGUGCGAAUGGUGUGUCUCCGAGGGGCAGUGCCACGAGACGCAUUCGCCUUUGAACUCGUGCAGUGAUACGUGUUGUGCGUCGAAAUCCAAGACUUCGACGUGCGACUUCGACGACGCGUCGAAGAUCGACUCCGAGGCCUGCAAGAACAGCCCCGGCGCGCUCAAGUGCGAUGAGAUCGCGGACCCAGAGGCGUGCCUCGACCACAGCGUCGCGAAGCUGAACACGUGCGAGUAUUGCUCGAGCACGAACACGUGCCACGAGACGCAUUCGCCCAGGAACACGUGCACCAAGGAGUGCUGCGCAUCGGAGUCGAUGACGUCGAUGUGCGACCGGAACUCGAUCGCCGCGAUCGAUUUCGACGCGUGCUCGAAGACGUUUUUGCUGAACGCGACGGCGUGGAGGAACAUCGGCACAGACUACGCGUGGCCCGAGGCGAGCCUCGACGUGAUCAGGACGAGGCCGAGCGUCGGCGUCGGCUUCAGCGGCGGCGGCACUCGCGCGUACGCGGCCGCGGUCGGUCAGACCCAGGCGAUGCGGGCACUCGGCCUCUUCGACGGGGUGAGGUACGCGUCCGGCGUCAGCGGCGGCGCGUGGUUCGUCUCGGCGCUCACGUACGACCAGGGCGGCGACGACGACGCGCUCCUCUGCCCGUACGUCGCGCCCGGGAAUCUGACGCUCGCGGCCAUCGCGCACUUGCCAGAGGGAUGCAUGGCCGACGCGACGACCUACGACUUCCUCAAGAACGUCUACGCCAAGGGCCUCAGCAAGCUCUUCGAGAAGGACGAGCUCCUCGAGGACGUCUGGAAGGAGGUCAUCUCCGAGGCGAUCUUCGCCCCGAGGGGCAUCAAGGACGACGCGCGCGCCGCCUGGGACGCGGACGCCGCCGCCGCAUACAAGGCGCGCUCGCCGAACCUCGAGGACUGGGACUUCGUCUGGCCCCAGCACGAGCGGCCCUACCCCAUCGUGUCAGGGACGCUCAUGGGCCCGGAGGACAUGAAUCCCUAUUCCAAGAACAACCGCUCCUUCACGAUCAUCCAGUACACGCCGCUCUACUCCGGGAACCCCUACAGCAGCACGAUCACCUACUCGUCCCAGGACGGCUGCGACGACGACGACCACUGCAUCUCCAAGUCCGAGACGAUCCGC